UUCGGCUUCCGUAGUUUUCUUCUUCCCGCAGUAGCUAGCUAGUUCCAACCAGAAGUGUAUAAUUUUAAAAGCAUAAAAUAUUAUUUUUGCAAAGCAAAACCUUUUUUUUAAACUAUUAACCUUUUUUCUUCUUUAGACGGAAUUAAAAAAAAAGUUCAGAUAAGUAAGCAUCUCUUAUACUCAGAAGCCAAACUCGGACGGCAUACUUAGCUUAUUAAGCCUUAUGCUGUUCUUUUUUGUUUGCUUGAAAUAGCCAGGCAUAUGCUAGCUCGCCACCAUCCAUCGUUUUUAGGAAAUUAAUCAUUAAAUUAAUGGUCUCCAGAGAAGAUGCUCUGGUUGGUUUUGUUGUCCUGCAGUCUGGUUCUGUCCAAUAUGGGACAGCCAGUUAACCGCGAGUGGGUCGACCCGUUCGACAUGCUAAACUACGACCCGAGCACCAAAACAAUGAAGAACUCUGAGUCACAAACCAAUGGUGCUGCUGAUCCCCAGCAAAGGGAGAAGGCAAACCAGCCUGUGCCCCACUGUAACCAACAGGUCACAGAUCUACAGAAACAGAUUGGAAAGCAAAAGAAUCAAAUCAAGAUCAUGUCCCAGCAACUUUCAUGCACAUCCGUCUUCAAGAGGUUCCUAAACAGACUCCUAAAUGAAGUAAACAGGUUUGGUGGGGCUUCUCAGCCUGAAGAUGGUACAUAUGAUGCCAGCAUUAAGUUAUCCAAACAAGCCAUAACAGAGAUCAAGUUAUUUUUGGACACUGAAGACCAGUGGAGAACUGGGGCUCUGGACAAUGCUUUAAGCCAGAUUCUGGUGGAUCUUAGACCUCAGAAUUAUGAAGCCUGGAUUUGGCGUUUUGAGGACACCUUUGGUGUAGAGCUUGACACUGUACUAAAGAUUGGAGGAUUUAUUUUGAUCGUGAUAGCAAUCAUCUGUACAGAGAUGUGGUCAGUCGUCUCCUGGUUUUUACAGGUUACAAGAAUGUUUAUGAUCUGCUUUUUUGUCAGCAUUAUCUGGAACUGGUUCUAUCUUUAUAAGAUUGCCUUUGCUAAGCACAAAAACAAUUUAGUGAAGAUGGACAAAGACUAUGCGAAAUGCAGUGGACUCAAGGAGAUUACCUGGAUUGACAGCGUGAAAGAGUGGUACAGAAGCACAUGGACUCUUCAGGAUGAUCCCUGUAAGGAAUACCACGAGGUUCUCAUGGUCAACCCCAUCCUGCUGGUUCCUCCAAUGAAGGCAAUCACUAUGACAAUUACAACCUUCAUCACAGAACCUUUGAAGCACUUUGGUCAGGGAAUCAGUGAGUUUCUUCGAGCCCUCCUGAAAGAUCUGCCAGUUACUCUGCAGAUACCAGUCCUCAUCGUCAUCACUCUCUCCAUUUUGGUGUUGGUGUAUGGCACUGUGCAGGCAGUUUUCCGGCAUGGCAUUCUGGCACCUUUUAGACGUCCUCAAAGGGAGACGCCUCAUCCAGUGAUUGAGCAACCACAGCUAAAUCCAAGGAGGAUUGAAGAUCAAGCUAACGAUGAAGUUAGGGCUCAACCUCCACUUAGGUUUGACCCAAGGGAUCGAGCCAACAAUGCCAGAGUGGAAAGGAACCAUAUUCAUCAGAGGCGAGGACCAGUUUCUGUGGAGACACUAAGAUCUGCUAGAACUGAGGUGGACUCUCCUCCGGCUGGAGCCAUUCUUGAAGAAGAGCGAACGUCUGCUGUGACGGAGCCUGAAAACCAGCAGUCAGAACCAGCAAAGGACGUGGAAGCAGGCGGAGACGCUGCUGACACAGCUCAGUCAAAACCCAAGAAAAACCAAUCAAAUUCAGAGCAGUCAAAAAGUCCACAGUUGAAGGAUUUUUCUGGAAUGAAUCCCAAUGAGGAAGACGCAGCUGACAAUUCUGAGGCGACAGAAAGGCAGCCUGCAGAGCAUGAAGUUCAGGAUGCUGGAGCUCCAGCAGACGAUGCCACCACCUCUGCUUUGCUGAGACAAAUUGAGACGGUGGGGACUCCGGUUGAGGACGUGCGUCCAACAGACGGACUGUAGACUUCUGUGAGAAACGGUCCUGAAAGUUUUUUUUAAAGACAUUAUCAAGGAAAGGAAUUGGGGGGGGGGGAGAAUUUGGUCAUCAGAGAAUCAUCAAAUACUUUUGUGGUUCGUUUUUUAAAAGUGAGUUGGGUUCAAAAUAUUAUAUAUUGUUACUAAUAGCUGCUUUGCAGUAACUGGAAAUAUUUUGAAAUUAAAAAAAUAAAUAAAAAGGGUUAAAAUAUUAUUUUUAAUCAAAUCAAUACUUUUGAUUUUAAAGCUAAAUUGAAAUUAUUGGGUUUUUUCAGAGUGCGGUAUAUGAAUAAUAAAUGAUAAUAAAAAAUGUGUCUUUAAUGUUCAAAAUAUCUUUCAGUUCAAGCGAUCAAGUGAAUUGUGCUUUUCACAAUAUUUAGGGGAUUUUUAUAAAAUUCCAAAUAAAUGGUUUUUGAAACUGAAAAGGAAUUUAAAAUGUUAUAACAUUUAUGAUAUUUUUUUGUAAAUUUCAAAGUUAAGCAUACAAAUUAUGUUCUUGUAAAUUUGAAAUGUUGAAAUAUUUGUAAAUAAUACGCAUUAAAGCAUAUUCCUGCAGUCCAGCCCACACCAUAACUGCAUCAUCAAGUUGGUGACGACACCACAGUGGUUGGACUCAUCCCCAGAGGUGAUGAGUCUGCCUACAGAGAGGAGGUCCUGAAGCUGACAACCUGGUCUUCAGAGAACAAUCUUACUCUAAACACCAGCAAAAUCAGGGAGAUCAUCAGGAAGCAUGGCACCGACCCAGCCCCCCUCCAUAUCCAUGGGGAGCAUGAAGAGAGGAUCUGCACAACAGUUUGGUUUGGCAGCUGCACCGUCCUGGAUAAGGAAAGCCUGCAGAGGGUCGUAGAGACAGCUCAGAAGAUCAUUGGACGCCCUCCCCUCUCCCUGACUGACAUCUACUCCCACGCUGCCUCAGCAGGAGCUGGAACAUCAUCAAGGGCAGAUCACACCCUGGCUCGGACUUGUUUGACCUGUUGCCCUCUGGGAGGCACUACUGAGGCAACAAACUGACUCACCUACUGUGAAUUUCACAAUGCACCACCCCUUCCCAGUUAGAUUGACACAGAUGCAUGUCUCGUCUUGUUAUUAAAGUCCCUGAAAACAG